CACGUGCUUACAUGACGUCUGGUCGGAACACGGUGAACCCACGGAGCUUCACCUCUCACCUGGUUCACUGACAGCUGUAAUCCUGCAGAUGGACCGGCGCUGCCACACCUGUCGCUGCAGCAGGUGGAGCUCGAUGCGGCUGAACUUUGCUGAUGUUUCACGUCCGAGCGACAGGAAGUAGCUGCUAGCCGGCCCCGCGGUUCGUCCUCUUCAAGCACUCCUCAUGGACUCUUUCGCUCCACAUAACUUCUCCUGGGUGGAUCCUGGUAAACUGGCCGGACUGGCCUUGCCCAGGAUGCCGUGUGAGUAUCGGUACCUGCUGGACAAUGGGAUCAGACACCUGGUUUGCCUGUGCGAGAGGAAACCGCCUCACCACGACUCGUGUCCCGAGCUGCAGCUUCACCACGUUAAGAUCGCAGACUUCACUCCUCCUUCGCCCGCUCAGAUCGAUCGAUUCCUCUCUGUGGUGGAAAACGCCAACGCCAAGGGAGAGGGUGUGGCGGUUCACUGCAUGCACGGUCAUGGACGAACUGGGACCAUGCUGGCCUGCUACCUGGUGAAGAAGAGGAAGCUUUCUGGUAUCGACGCGAUCAAAGAGAUACGCCGGCUGAGACCAGGCUCCAUUGAAACCAGCGAACAGGAGAAGGCAGUGGUUCAGUUUUAUCAGCGCACUAAAUAACUUAAAUUCAACACAACGUGUGCAGUUAAUAAACGUGGUUGGGCCUCAGAUACUCCAAAUAUUUACUUCAUUUUCUAUCAUUUGAAUAUAAAGAAGCUGUUUUCAGAUGGAUAAUAUUAGUUAGUAAAUCAAAAUACCUUUUUUUUAUGUUAACCUGUCCGAGGCCUCGUCCACACAGGAACAGAGUUUUGGGAAUACGCAAAAAGUUUUUAUGUUUCAGUUUUGUGUCGAGCCUCUAAAUGGUGUUUAUCCAUACGUGAGGAAAUGUUGAAACGCCACCCUCGAGUUAUAAACACGUGAUUAUAACGCCAAAUAAUCCAAGACCAAAAAGGUUUUUAUCGUUUAUUGAACUAACAAUAAAAAAAACAAUGUUAGAGAAAAGAAACUAGAAUGUAGUGCAAUUAUAUAUUUAAAAAUGUGAGGAGAGAGAUUAGUUUAAAAAUAACAACAUAUAUAUAGAAAGAAUUUAUCCUAAAAUAUUUUAAACAGAGUUUACCCUCCCAGCUGUCCCUGGCUGAGUACUGGGACUAAAACACGCCCAGUUAGAGAAACAUGAUGGUUCAUUUAUAAAUGCAGUCUAAUCAAUCAAUUGAUUAUAAUAACAAUAAAGGAGCAAAAUAUUCAUGGGGUGAAUAAUUUUUACAUACCAGGGGUGAGCCACAUUAAUUUUUACUAAUCAAUAUAUGGUAACCGAAGGGACGCACAGAGAACUGGAAAAUAAAUAUUCCUUAAGACAAAAAUUCUUAGAUGAAAAAAAUCAAAACUUUUCAGACAUUUUUGUUGUUGCAGCAUAGUUAGCAUGCUCAAUAAAAAUAUGUACCCCCAUAAACUUUAGACAUACUUUCUGUAAACUGGCUCUUGUGAUGAUAUAUUAGCUUAAAAAUGGGGGGGGGAUAAAUAAAUAAAAAAUAAAAUUAAAAAGGUAUACAUUUCCUUUUUGGAGUCUUUAAGGUUCAGUUUAAUUCUGUAAACACAAAAGUUACAUGUAACAUUUUAGUAG